AUGCACGAGGCUGGGCAGAAAGAAGCGGCGAAGGUGUUCCUUCCGCUCGGCACUUCGCUGGACGUCUCCCAGCUGGAUCUGUGCGAGGGCCUUCAAGUUAUCUCCCUCAAAAGGUACCACCGCCGCCAUCUCCCUCAUCCGUGGGGAGCAGCCUCGUCGUUACGCCUUUCAGUGUUUUUAGGAGCCGCCUUUCAUAGUAGUGAUGCUUUCAUGCCCUCCCACCAGCCUCCUUGCUCCACCUUCCAACUCGCCUUCCACAUC